UCGUGUGUUCCUGCAUUACACAUACGGGUCAGUGCGCCGAUUGCAUAUUGACGAACUGGCGUCAGUCUUCUUGGCAUUCGAACCCGUGUCUGGGCGAGGGACAUUUGCCAUUCAUCAUAAGCAAAAUGCACCAGCCAUUGUGAACACGCUGGAAGGCCGCGCAGGCAACAUGUAGGUGCUUAUUGGAAUAUAUUCUAUAGUAGAGAAAGUUGAGGGUUUUGGUUUUUGUCCUUAUCUGUUCUCAUUCUCUUCAGCUAAAGUUCUGGGAAUAGCCUGAGCAUUUAUUGACAUUUCCACCCGAGAUCACACUCCCCCAGACGCCGAAGAGCGCUUUUUUAGUCAUUAAAGUCGAAUGAUAUUUUUGGCAGCGAUGGGGGAGAGUAAUCUCCAGGUCUGUGCUCACUGCUGCUCCCCGCCUGCCUCCAGGAACUGUUGGGAGAUAACGUGCCCUCCUUUUCACUGUGCUUCAUACAAGGUGCAGAUGCUGACUUCUCAGUAUCAUCAUGAGUCCUUUUUUCCAUCAUACACUCAGUUGUUUAAAACAUACUGUAAAUCACUUGUAGAAAAGACUUGAAUGAUAGGUUUCGGGGGAUUCCAGUCCUGGUGUUGGAGAGCCGGUGUUCCAGGUGUCUUUACAGCAGCAGCACCUGAAGCCGGGAGGAGCUGUACAGUUCAGUCAGUAGCGAUCUGAUGGAGCUCAUUAAGAGCUGAUCUGCAAUGAAGACCUGCAGACACACCGGCCCUCCAGCUCCUGGACAGGCCUGAGGCGAAUCAGAAACAUCACUGUGAGAGGGGAUUGGAAAGGAACAUGCAGUGAAAAGCUCUUCAUGCAGAUGGCGGACGUGAUGGUGGAGGAGGGCUGGAAGGAGGCAGGCUACGAGUACGUGUGCAUCGACGACUGCUGGCUGGCCCCCAGCCGGGACGCCCAGGGCCGGCUUCAGCCUGACCCCAAGCGGUUCCCCAGCGGCAUCAAGCAGCUCGCCCGCUACAUCCACUCUAAAGGGCUCAAGCUGGGCAUUUAUGCGGAUGUGGGAUUGAAGACGUGCGAGGGCUAUCCUGGGAGCUAUGGCCACUACGACAUAGAUGCCAAGACUUUUGCGGAGUGGGAGGUGGACCUGCUCAAAUAUGAUGGAUGCAAUAUGCCAAACUGGACUUUAUAUGCAGAAGGUUACAUAAACAUGUCGAGGGCACUCAAUCAGACUGGGAGGAAGAUAUUGUAUUCCUGUGAAUGGCCAUUAUAUGAAUCAUCUCACCAAAAGCCCAACUACACCGCAAUCCGUCAGUACUGCAACCAGUGGCGCAACUUCGAGGAUGUGUUUGAUUCUUGGAGAACGGUGCAGCAGAUCAUCGACUUGACAUCCGGCAUCCAGAAGCAGAUCGUCCCGGCCGCAGGGCCCGGCGGGUGGAACGAUCCUGACAUGCUCGUGAUUGGAAACUUUGGACUCAGCAAAGACCAGCAGCAGACUCAGAUGGCCAUGUGGGCCAUCAUGGCGGCCCCCCUGAUGAUGUCCAACGACCUGCGUGACAUUGACCCCCAGUCCAAGGAGCUGCUGCAGAACCGGAGAGUCAUCGCCAUCAACCAGGACCCCCUGGGCAUGCAGGGCUACCAGACUAUGAAGGCCAACAGCUUCGAGGUGUGGGAGCGGCCCCUGUCUGGAGGGAAAAUGGCUUAUGCAGUGCUGAACAGGCGGGAAAUAGGGGGACCGGGCUUCUUCCCCUUCACUGCAGCUGUGCUGCCCAGCAAGAAGAUCUGCUUCCCCCAGUGCAACGUCACGCAGGUCCUGCCCAAGUACCAAGAGCUGGGAGUCCAGACCUCGGACUCCAAGCUGACGUUUCUCGUCAACCCCACGGGUACUCUGCUCUUCACCGCCACACCCGUCACGGGCAGGCCCAGCACGCAGCAGGACUGGGUCUGGCCCAUGGACUUCGAGAAGCAGAAGAAAGGCCGUGACCCCAACUUGUGAACAACACCAUCGAGCAUUUUUCCCCAGUCUGCCUUGCUGCACUUCUCUUGAAUUUUAUUGUGUACGGGCUCUGCUCCUCUUUCAACAUUUACAGCAGUCAUGCUGUAGCAAGGUGAACUGAAUCAUUAGAAGGGUGAAAAGGGAACUCUUGACAGUACGCAUUGGUUCAGUUUAACUUUUAAGAAUUAUGUCAUUUGAUUUUACUAAAAGUGGUGGCUUUGACCCUUACUGAUAAUGUUAGUGAUUUUAGUCUUAGACUAUAUAUUUUUUUAAAUGUAAGUUACUGAAUUUGCACAACACACCAAAAUCACAUUUACCUCAGGAAAGGCCGGGAGCUGCAGAACAAAGUAUUUUAUGCUUGUUGUACGAACUGAUUUGGGUUAAGACUUUAUAUUCUAUUUCUUUAAAAUAAACUGAUUUCCUACUAUCCCCAU